AAAAGGGCUCUAUAAAAUAUGGAAGAAACCUAAACAAUAACUCAACAUUGGAAAAGACAUCAUCACUUUGUUUUAUAUUUUUCAGUGUUUUGCAGCUCUUAGUAUUUUACUAGUGCUUCAACUCUAAAACAAAAAAGCAAAACCGGUCGAUAAAAACCAGCAAUUCUGGCGAACCGGUGGUGGGACGGAGUUCAGGUGGGUUUGCCGGGGUCCGAACCGGCAUCCCUAAUGAGCAGCAAGCGUGAGAUGGAGCCCAAGGACGGCGGCGGCGGAAGCAGCAGCCGCGGCGAGGACGACGAUGACAAAGACGGCGGCGACGAGCCCAAGGAGGGCGCUGUCGAGGUGGGCACGCGCCGCCCCCGCGGAAGACCUCCCGGUUCGAAGAACAAGCCCAAACCUCCGAUCUUCGUGACUCGGGACAGCCCUAACGCCCUCCGCAGCCACGUCAUGGAGGUGGCUGGCGGCACCGACGUGGCCGAGAGCAUCGCCCACUUCGCCCGCCGCCGCCAGCGUGGCGUCUGCGUGCUCAGCGGCAGCGGCUCGGUGGCCAACGUCACCAUCCGCCAGCCGACCGCCCCGAGCGCUGCGGUCGUGCUGCAGGGCCGGUUCGAGAUUCUAUCUUUAACCGGGGCCUUCCUGCCCGGACCGGCCCCGCCCGGGGCAACCGGUCUGACGGUGUACCUGGCGGGCGGGCAGGGGCAGGUGGUCGGGGGCAGCGUGGUGGGCCCGCUGGUCGCUGCCGGGCCGGUCAUGGUGAUCGCGGCCACCUUCGCUAACGCUACCUAUGAGAGAUUGCCGCUCGAAGAGGAGGAGGAGGCCGGCGGCUCCGCUCAGGGGGGAGGAGGUGGCGCCACCGUGGAUUCACCGCCGGGAAUGGCGCAGCAGCCGCAUCAUGGGAUGGCUGAUCCAUCAAAUUUGCCAAUUUAUAAUUUGACACCCAAUUUAAUGGCAAAUGGAGGGCAUUUGAAUCAUGAUGCAUAUGCUUGGGCUCAUCCUAGACCUUCAUAUUGAGAGAUGAGGUAAAAUUUCUGAUAAAUUAAGAGGAUAUUAUAUAUAAAUAUAUAUGUAUGCCUUAGAUGCUUGUGUAGUAAAAUGUUUUCUUGGAUUUCUAUGUAUAUUAAACUACUUUAGUUCGUUUUUUUUUCUUUUCUUUUCCUGUCAUCUGCAGCAGUUUGAAAUAACGAAAUGAUGGUUUGCAAUAAAAGAUGUUAUUAAUUUUC